UCAAACAAUUAACUCGGUAUUUUUGGGCUGAUAUUUUAUUUUCUUAUACUGGUUUCAUGGAGGACUUAGGAUUCGGCAUAAGAUAAAUGCCGUGUGGCUCAUACCGUAAAGUCCCAUGUCCCCACAUUUAUUACUUCUGCAAGUAUUGAUUUUUCUUUUUGGAAAUUUUUUUGAGUGUAGUUAAGCCAGAAAAAUGGAGGGGACAGUCUUCACUCAGGCUCUGGAAGGAAUGAAGCAUGUCAAGUCAGAAGAGGGGGUGAUGCUCACCAAACCUUUCCUGAAUGUUUGCAAGCAAAUUUUACCUGUUAUAGACAAGUUUGGACCUGCAAUGGCACUUGCCAAAUCUGAUAUUGGUGGUAAUAUAAUCAGGUUAGAAAACAAGUAUUUGUCCAACCCUACACAAUAUAACCACUUGUACAGCAUGGUACAAGAAGAGGCUAAGACAGCUAAAGGUUCAUCCAGUUGUGCUGAUGGUCUUUUGUGGUUGACGAGGGCAAUGGAUUUCUUGGUGGGAUUGUUUCGGAAUCUAUUGGAGCAUCAGGAUUGGUCCAUGUCCCAAGCAUGCAGUGAUUCUUAUGGCAAGACGCUGAAAAAAUGGCAUGGUUGGCUGGCCAGAUCAAGCUUUACGGUUGCCAUGAAACUUGCCCCUGAUAGGAAGAAGUUUAUGGAUGUCAUAGGUGGCAGAGGCGAUGUUAAUAGUGAUAUGAAAAAAUUUUGCACCACUUUCUCACCAUUUCUCGAGGAGAACCACAAGUUUUUGCAGGCUAGCGUUGGAAUGGAUGUUAUUAAAGCAUCUUAAACGGUGGUUUUAUAAUGCUUUCAGCAGUAGUUCUUGGAGUUCAUCAAUACUAAUAUCCGUGCCAUGCUUUAAGGUUUUCUAUUUAAGGAAUAAUGGAAACAUGUAAUAAUGCACUGCAUACUAGUUUUUCGAUAUGGGAAUCUACAGUCUAUAAAGUUUUCUAUUUAAGGAGCUAAGCUAUGAAUUUGGGAAGUUUAGUUUAAAUUGUGAGUUUUUUAAUUUAAUGUGGAAUCUUGACUUCCUUUGGAUAAUGGGAACAUGCUGUUGAUCUCGAUUUUUGUGCAUACAACGUGGUCGAAAGAUCUCAAGGCCUCUCGCAUCUAUGCGAGCCUAUUCCUGCACAUUGCGACAAACAUUAGCCACACGUGUCCUUCUUCAGCUGUGGAGGAGGCAGCCACGUGCACUCCAGACCAAGUGAGUUGAAAUAAUAUAUAUUUGAGUAUGGAGGUGCUUUGGACACGAGCCUCUUAUGUUAAAAAAGGGGUUCGAUUUUGAAAGAAAUAUAAGUGCGUAGAGAGAGCAACAAUUACAUGUUGAGAGCAUAAAUUUGUAUUACCUCUAGAAUGACACAUUGUGUGAGUUUUUACAGUAUAAAAU